AUGGCCAUGGCUGGCACAGGGAAACAGCUGGACAACAAUGAUGACGCUCCUCCCACUCCACAGAGACCGGUGUCCUCCUUGCUGUCUCACUUUGAGAAUCUUUCUCACCGCAGAGCUCCCUCUGCUGUAGCUGCCAGCCCGCACACUUCCACAACGCAUUUACGGGCAACCCCGGAGCCUAGCGAUGACCUCAGAUCCUCCAGCCGUGCUUCGCUCGAUUUGCCCCGGCCACAUUCCCCAUGGACCCCGGCUGAGGAGAGACAAAACCCGCUUCAGCAGUCGAAUGGUGAGAACUUCCGGGACCGUGGGUUCUCCGGCAGACGAUAUGGCCGGCCCAUCUCUAUGAACUUCCAUCGUUCAUCGCCACAGCUACCGCCAACCUUGACAGUACAGUCGCCUCAAUCGCCGCCGCGCGGACAAGAUCGCGAUGAAGUUUGGACUCCGCAUGGUGAGAGCCGCAAGACACGGAGUCCAGGCCAUCGCCCGCGAGAAUCGAUGUCCGUCUCGCCGGCACCACCUCGCCCGCUCUCCCCGAUACCGAAGUUCGGACCAUCUGUUAAUGCAGGGGAUGCAAUGCCUCGGGCGUCACCUGGGUCUCUCCGCGUCAAUCUCACUGGGAGUCCGGCGGACCGGAAAUUAAAAAGCGCCUCGUUGCCACCCCCAGCUAACCGCGCAUCAAAGCCCAAAAUCCCGGCGAAACCGGCUAUGUUUUCUCACUCGGACACCAGCACGUUGAAUCCUCGAUCAGGACGAGCAUCACCCGAUCGAAGUGUUUCACCUUUUAGCACCCCUCCUGGGAGCCCGGAGAAGCAUAUCCCGAAGCCGCAAUCUACUGAGAAGAGCAGUGCUAGGCCGGCACCAGCUCGGCCAGCACCAGCUCGGCCAACGACGGAGCCACCGAUUGGACGUUCAUUCGAUGAACGAUCGCCUGUUCCGUCUGCGAGUGCCAGGCAUGACGUUAGAGAGAUGAGAUUCUCAAGGACUCCUCCUGGCCCAGAGCCCUCACGGGCGUCCAAGCCCUUGAUGGUGCAGAUUCCAUCUGCUCCCGUAGACGCUCCGAUGUCUGCUGCCACUGCUACCCCUCUUUCGGCGCAGAAAUUCCGAGCCAGUGAUAUUCCCUACGACCGCCCAGGGCUUCCUCCUCGACCCUCUGGGGCUCCCCGCCGAAGUGGAGUCUCCCCCGUGCGAGAGUCUCCCAGGCAUCUAAGCACCCCUGCGCAGCUGACACCGAUUGCCAGAUCUGCACCUGCUUUCCCGCGUGCUAGCGAAUCCUCAGCCCCAAAACCAAUCCAGCGGCAACCCUCUAUACCCCGCGAAUCUCACCUGUCUUCUUCUCUUCCCGAGCGGCGCGUGGUGCGUACAGACACGGAGGAAGAAGAGCAAGCUGAAGAGCCAGCUAUCUCACGGACCGACUAUCCCGAUGCCUCAAAAGCUAACCGUCGACCCCCACGCUUUAAAUCUGGACCGAAAGAUAUCUUGACGAAGUAUGAUACCCGUUUGCUGGCUGUGUGUGGCAAGUAUGUGUGCACGACCGGGUAUCUGACUCGGGUAUGGGAUCUUACAACUGGUGACCAAGUUAUGAGUCUCAGCCACGGCGAGACUGUGAAAAGUUUAUCUCUUGCUUUCAAGCCAGGGAAAGGUCUUGAAGACGAGGGCGAGCGCAUCUGGCUCGGUACCAGCGCUGGAGAUCUUCAUGAAGUCGAUAUCCCGAGCCAAUCCAUCGUGGCAACCCGCGCAUACCCCUCCCGCCGAGAAGUCAUCCAAAUCUUGCGACAUAAGAAAGAAAUAUGGACGUUUGAUGACGAAGGCCGGCUGCUUGUUUGGUUGCCAGACGAGACCGGCACACCUAACUUGCAAUACAGCUACCACAGCCCUUCCGAACGUGUAGCCCGAGGCCACACAUUCUCUAUGGUAGUUGAUGACAAGCUGUGGCUGGCAGCAGGGAAAGAUGUCCAUGUAUAUCGCCCUAAUGCACGGGAUGAUAUCUCAUUCAAGGUCUUCAAACGACCUCUCGGUCUUCAGCACUCAGGCGAUGUGACCUCCGGUUCCUAUACCACGCGAGAUGGAGGUCGGGUAUAUUUGGGACACGCAGACGGCAAGGUUACUGUGUAUUCCUCAACCGAUUUUACUUGCUUGGCGGUGGUAAACGUCAGUGUGUACAAAAUCAACUGCCUUGGAUUUGUCGGAGACUAUCUUUGGGCUGCGUAUAAAACCGGCAUGAUCUACGUUUACGAUGUGUCCACCAACCCGUGGACUGUGAAGAAAGACUGGCGUGCCCACGACAGUCCCGUAUCCAGCUUCGUGUUAGACAUGAGCAGCGUAUGGACCAUGAAUCGCCUGCAGGUGACUUCUCUCGGCACUGAUAAUUGCAUUCGCCUCUGGGACGGAAUGCUCGAGGAUGAUUGGUUGGAUGCGCGGAUGCACGCCAGAGACGUGGAGUUCUGCAACUUCCGAGAAAUCAAGGCUGUCGUCUUGACUUGGAACGCGGGAGCUUCUACCCCUGGCAGUGUGCGAACGUCAGAUUUCAUCCGAAAUGCAGUCACUCCCGAAGACCCGCCUGAGAUCGUGAUAUUUGGGUUCCAGGAGUUGGUUGAUCUGGAGAAUAAGAAAAUCACAGCUAAGAGCUUGCUGCUUGGUAGUAAAAAGAAAGAGAACGGCGAGAAGGAACACAUGAGUCGUCAGUAUCGAGUAUGGAUCGAUCAUCUUACUCGUACUCUUCACGAAUGCAUGCCUCUCGAGGAAUCCUACGUUCUUUUGCAUUCUGCGAACAUGGUGGGACUGUUUACUUGCGUUUUCGUUAAACACAAGGAACGCCAUAAUAUCAAAAACGUCAGUGCUUCGGAGAUUAAGCGCGGGAUGGGCGGUUUACAUGGAAACAAGGGUGCCCUUGUCUUGCGCUUCGUCCUGGACGACAGCUCGAUGUGCUUUGUGAACUGCCAUUUGGCGGCCGGCCAAACCCAGACCGCAAACCGAAAUAAUGAUAUUGCUGCGAUCCUAGAGGCCGAGUCCCUGCCUGCGGAAAAUAGCAUGACCUUGCGGACAGAUCAGUUCGCCAGUGGUGGUGAUGGCUCCAUGAUCAUGGACCAUGAAGUGUGCAUUCUGAACGGAGAUCUGAACUACCGAAUCGACGCAAUCCCUCGAAAUGUGAUCAUCGACGCAGUUCGUCAGAACAACCUACCAAAACUCCUGGACCGAGACCAGCUACUUGCUUCCCGGCGGAAGAACCCCGGUUUCCGCCUGCGCUCCUUCACCGAGUCACCCAUCACCUUCGCCCCGACCUACAAGUACGACGUGGGCACGGACGAGUAUGACUCCAGUGACAAGAAACGCUCUCCCGCCUGGUGCGACCGCAUCCUAUACCGUGGCCUGGGCCGUGUCAAGCAGCUCGAUUACCGACGACAUGAGGUUCGCGCCUCUGACCACCGGCCGGUCAGUGCGGCGUUUAAAAUUCGCGCCAAGACAGUCCUAAGUCAAGAACGGAACGCGACGUGGGAUGCGUGCAACACGGAGUUCCAGGAUGAGAAACGCCGCUUGGCUUCUGAAGCUAGCAUCGAGUAUCUCAUCACUGUCCUCGGAACAGAUCCCCGCCAGGCCCGUUCCUUGAUCCUGGGAAAGCAAUAG